AUGUCUUCUGAAAAAACUAACAAAGAUAUCUUCACACUGUUUGACAAAAAAGGUCAAGGUGCCAUAUCUACUCAAUUAUUUGGCGAUUACCUAAGAGCUGUUGGUUACAAUCCAACCAACCAAUUGACUCAAGACAUUUUAAAGACCAGUUCCAAAGAUCAAUUGAGUUUUGAUGAUAUAAAUCUUUUGAUCAAAGAAAAUGAAAAAUCUUUGACUGCUACUACUGAUGCUAAAGUUGACGAUUUCAUCAAAGCCUUCCAAGUCUUUGACAAGGAAAACACGGGCAAAGUUUCUGUUGGUGACAUCAGAUACAUGUUGACUGGUUUGGGUGAAAAGUUAUCUGACGAAGAAGUCGAUGAACUAUUAAAAGGUGUUCAAGUCGAUGCUGACGGGAGUGUCAAUUAUAAGAAGUUCAUAGAAGAUAUUAUAAGACAAUAA